AUGGGCUAUACAACGCUUUGGAAGCGGCUUUCUCCGCGACAGCUGAACCUAGCCAUCCAGAUAUUUUCUCUAAUUGCUAUAUUCUUCGAAGGGUAUGAUCAGGGUGUUAUGGGGGGCGUGAAUGCCUCGCCCAGAUAUGUCACCGAAGUUGGCAUAGGUCGGAGUGAUGGAACUGUGACGGACACGACGCAUGAAGGGGGGAUCGUGAGCGUCUACUACCUGGGAUGUAUCUUUGGCUGCUUUGCUGGUGGAUGGUUGGCGGAUCGUGUUGGUCGAAUUAAUGGCUUGUUUGUUGGAGCUCUGUUUGCUCUGGUUGGGGGUGCUUUGCAGGCUGCGGCGCAGAGCUCGGACUUUAUGUUGGUUGCUAGGGUAGUCACUGGUAUUGGGACGGGAGGUUUAGCUGGCAUUACUCCGGUGUUGGUGUCUGAGACUUCUGCGGCUGAUCGUCGAGGGGGGUUCCUUGGGUAUAUCUUUAUUGCUAAUUAUCUCGGCAUUUCAGUUGCCUACUGGCUAUCGUUUGGCCUGGCGUUUGUCGAUCACGGUGACUCGGAUGUUCGAUGGCGGUUUCUGUUGGCGCUUCAAUGCAUCCCUGCCAUAUUUCUCAUCGUAUUUAUCAAAGUCCUGCCAGAUAGUCCGCGUUAUCUUGCCUCUGUUGGACGUCAUGAUGAGUCCCGUGAGCUUCUAUACCGCAUAAGGAGCCAUAUAGCUAGUAAGGAGACCAUCGACAGAGAAUACGCCGAGAUUGUCGCCAUGACACGGCACAGCAAGCCAAGCUCUCCUGUUGAGUUUUUGAAGAUCCUUUCUGGCAGAAGUGGAAGACCAGGUUCUAGUCUUGGUCGACGUGCCUGGUUGUGUCUUUUUCUCCAAAUCAUGGCAUCUUGGACUGGAAUCACGGCAGUUACUGCGUACUCCCCUGUCCUCCUCAGCCAAGCUGGAUAUAGCGAGAUCAAACAGAAUGGUCUUGCGGGAGGUCUCAAUACCAUCGGAAUCAUAGGCACCAUCAUCAGUGCGCAGAUAGUGGAUCGCCUUGGACGACGAGCAUGUCUUAUGCUAGGAUCCGCAAUACUGUUCACCGUCGAACUAAUUGCCGGAGCUAUCUAUGAAACCUCGCGUCACCACCCCAACAAAGCAGCCCAGUACGCCCCCGGGGCAGUUGCAAUGCUCUUCCUCUUCAACCUAGGCUACGCCUCCACCUGGGGCACCGUCGCCUUCCUCAUCCCAACCGAAAUCUUCCCUUCGAGCCUCCGAGCCCAAGGAAACGGGUUCGGGAUUACCGGCUGGGCCAUCGGCGUCGGUAUGACGACUCUCGUCAACCCCAUCAUGUUCAACAAUAUCCAGAGUCGGAGUUACUUCUUGCUGGCGGGGUUGAAUCUGCUUUGGAUUCCCGUUGUGUACCUCUUCUACCCGGAGACUUGUAAUCGGUCGCUUGAGUCGAUUGAGGCGUUGUUCUCGACGACGAGUCCGUUUUCUUGGGAUAUGGAGGAGGCGUAUUGUUUGGGUGGGGAUGUGCUUGCGGAUCGGGAUGUUGGGGUUGUAGUUGGAAGUGAGGAUGAGUCCAAGGGAGGAGGAAGUCGGGUUUAG